AUGGCGGCGGCGGCGGCGGCGGGGAGGCGGCGGCGGCGACGGAAGAGGCCCCAACGACCGAGCGCGACCAGCCACCACAAACACCGCCUGACCCGACCCGGAAGCCCUUCCGCCGCCCAGACGCGCACUUCCGGAAGCAGGCCGUGGGGACCGCCUCAGUCCGCGGGGGGCGGGACUUCCUCCUGGGCUCUGAUUGGUGGCGGGCAGGCAGGCAGGCAGGCAGGCGAGCGGAGCGGCGGGGGGACCGGACGCAACCCUGCCCUGGCUCAGAGGCAGCGCUGGGGCUUGGCUCUGCCAUCCCUCCUCACUGGAGCAGCUGGCUUGGAGUGUCUGGCAGUCCCUGUGGCCUGCUGGGAAAGGUGGAAGGGGAGAGGGAAGACUCUGGGGCGGGGGGGGGGAGGAGCAGCCCCCACCCCUCGCCCUGUGCCUCCCCCCGCUGGUCUUCAGAGCUGCCCGCCUGCUGCGCUUCCUGCUCUGACUGCUCUUCACUGCUUCCAGAUCUUUGACGACUAUUUUCUCCUCUGCCACCGAGGCGUGGCGAAGCGGUCGCUCUCUUCCCACCCAGGCUGGCACGGCGCCUUGAGCAGGGAGCCCCAGGUGCACUGGCUGGAGCAGCAGGUAGCCAAGAGACGGAAGAAACGAGAUGUUUUCCUGGAGCCAACAGACCCCAAGUUCCCUCAGCAGUGGUACCUGUCUAACGGGAACCAGCGAGACCUGAACGUGCGGGAGGCCUGGCGACAGGGCUACACCGGCCGAGGCAUUGUGGUCUCUAUUCUGGACGACGGCAUUGAGAAGAACCACCCGGAUCUAGAAGUCAAUUAUGACCCUGCGGCCAGCUUUGAUGUGAACGACCAGGAUUCGGAUCCCCAGCCCCGCUACACGCAGAUGAAUGAGAACAGACAUGGCACACGGUGCGCAGGUGAAGUGGCCGGUGUGGCAAACAACGGCAUCUGUGGUGUGGGCGUGGCAUACAAUGCCAAGAUUGGAGGUGUGCGCAUGCUGGACGGGGAGGUGACCGAUGCCGUGGAAGCCCAAUCCUUGGGCCUGAGCCCCAACCACAUCCACAUCUACAGCGCCAGCUGGGGCCCCGAGGAUGACGGGAAGACGGUGGACGGCCCCGCCCGCUUGGCCGAAGAGGCCUUCUACAGGGGGGUCAGCCAGGGGCGCAACGGGCUGGGCUCCAUCUUCGUGUGGGCCUCGGGGAACGGCGGCCGGGAGCACGACAGCUGCAACUGCGACGGCUACACCAACAGCAUCUACACCCUGUCCAUCAGCAGCAGCACCCAGUCGGGGAAUGUCCCCUGGUACAGCGAGGCCUGCUCCUCCACUCUGGCCACUACCUACAGCAGCGGCAGCCAGAACGAGAAGCAGAUUGUGACGACAGACCUGCGGCAGAAGUGCACCGAAUCGCACACGGGCACCUCGGCCUCGGCCCCACUGGCUGCUGGCAUCAUCGCGCUGGCCUUGGAAGCCAACAACAACCUCACCUGGCGGGACAUGCAGCACCUUGUCGUGAGAACCUCCAAGCCCGCUCACCUCAACACCAACGACUGGGCUGUCAACGGGGUGGGCCGGAAAGUGAGCCACUCCUAUGGCUAUGGCCUCUUGGAUGCCGGGGCCAUGGUGGCUCUGGCCAAGAACUGGACCUCAGUGGGCCCCCAGCGGAAGUGUGUGGUCGACAUCCUCCAGGAACCCAAAGACAUAGGGAAGCGGUUAGAGGUGCGCCAGCGGGUGGACGCCUGCCAGGGCAAGGCAAGCUACAUCAGCCAGCUGGAGCACGUGCAGGCGCGCCUCACCCUCUCCUACAACCGGCGGGGAGAUCUGGCCAUCCACCUCGUCAGCCCGGCAGGCACGCGCUCCACCCUGCUCGCUGCCAGGCCACACGACUACUCAGCGGACGGCUUCAACGACUGGGCCUUCAUGACGACACAUUCCUGGGACGAGGACCCGUCGGGGGACUGGGCGCUGGAGAUAGAGAACACCAGUGAAGCCAAUAAUUACGGUACGCUCACCAAGUUCACGCUCGUGCUGUACGGGACAGCCGCAGACUCCCCCGGCCUCCCCAACCAGUUUGAGAACGGGGGCUGCAAAACGCUGGCUCCCAGCCAGGCUUGUGUGGUGUGCGAAGAGGGAUUCUACCUCCAUCAAAAGAGCUGUCUCAAGAUGUGCCCCCCGGCCUUCACCCCUGGCACCAUGGCCACGCCUCUAGAGAACAGCUUCGAUCCCCACCUGAGCCCCCACCUCUGCGUGCCCUGCCACCCGUCCUGUGCCACCUGCCUGGGGCCGGAGUCCACCCAGUGCUUGUCCUGCCCAGUCCACGCCCACUACAACGUCCAGGAGCAGACCUGCUCCCACCAGACCCAGAGCAGCCGAGCCUCCCCUGCCCGGCCAGAAGGCGUGCCGCUCUCCACGCCCCCGUCCCGCCUGCCCAUCCUGGUGGCCAGCCUGAGCUGUGCCUUCAUCGUCCUGGUCUUCGUCACCGUCUUCCUUGUGCUGCAGCUGCGGUCGGGUCUGCGCCUCCGCGGGGUCAAGGUCUACUCGCUGGAGAGCGGAGGCAUCGUCGCCUAUAAGGGGCUUCCGUCCGAUGCCUGGCAGGAGGGGCCGGAGGAAGAGGAAGAGGGGGAGCGGACUGCCUUCAUCAGAGACCAGAGCGCUCUUUGAUGAUCCUGCGGCCCCCGGCACAGCAGGGGGGAGGCCGUGGGGCCCCGAGUCUCUGCGCCUGUUUGCUCCCUCUCCUAGGGCUGAGCCGAGCCGAGCCCUGCCAUCUGUGGGUGGAUGCUGCUGGAGCUGUCCUCGGUUGCCCAAUUCUGGUUUUAACUCACCAAAGUGUUUUUAAACUGAACCAGUUUGUCUGUCCCCCUUCUGGUGGGAGAGACCUGUGAGUGUGAGGUGCUUUCCUUUCCUUGGGAAGGGAAGGGUGGGGAGGAGCUGUAUUGAGAGGGGGAGGAAAGGCCCGAGAGCUUGUGACUUCCCCGGUCCCUUGACCACCCCCACCACCCCGGUGUCUUUGGCAGACAAGCGCUCCAGACUCAGCUUCCCUUCCCUUCCCUGCCAGCAAUAAUGGGCUGGAGCUUGUCCCCUCCUACCCACCCACCCCGCCCCUCCUGGUCGCAGCUCUGGGCUUCCUGCUCCUUGCAUGCUGUUGCCCCGGUUUCUGCUGCCUUGGGAGAGGGGGCAGAUGAGCGAGUGGGUUCCCUGUUGGGUAUGGGGCUCGGAGGAGUUGCGCUGCGUGCCUGUUCAGCAGCUCCGGAGGACCGCCGGCCUCCCUCCGCUCAGCCCCACUCGGCACCUCCUCCCCCUGGCUCUGCCCAAAGUCACUGGAGCUUCCAUCUUUCCUCAUGUGCCUUGUAGCCCGUCUCCUCUUGAUGACAAUCUUCUGCGGGGCCUGGGCUCCUGCUGCUGUCUGCCCUGGACUCGCCCUCCUGCUGGCCCAUGCACUGCGUGGCAGGGGGCGGGACGGGGGCUGCCCAGGACUCUUUUUCUAUCAUGACUUUUUGGUGCACAAAAAUUUCUUGUAAUUUAAAAACAAGGAGCCGUUUCCUGCGGCCAGAUUUUUUUAAUUUAAUGGAUGUGGAUAUAACGCUAGAGAGAUUAAAGUUUAUUAAAUGGUGGAACUAUGCAAA